UGCCCCUCCGUGUCCUCAACCUCGGGCCGAGAAGAAGUUGUUCAGCUCGGGCCAACGGGCCCGGCUGAUGUCGAGGAUCUGCUCGACCUCGGUGGCGCGCUUCUCAGCUUCUUUCCAUGUGGUGAAGGUCUCAAGCUCGAUCUUGCGGUAGACGCGGGAGGGGAUGCCACUCAGGUCCCCAUACCCGGAACGGUCCGCCGGACCCUUGAACAACACGGAGAACUCUGCGGCAGUGCAUUUUUCGCGGACCGACUUGUCCGCACAGAGCUUCACCAGCUCUACUUGUGCUGCCACCUCGUCGUCGAGAUUACCGAAUCAAGCCUUGAAGGAGGCAGUGAAGGCUAUUUCGUUCUGAAACGGGGUCAUGACCCCUUGGACACCCAUCUGCAC